GGGCUCAUUUACAACACGAACAGCGGUGGUGGAGGUUGUGUUGGGUUCGUGCUUGAUUUUGAGGAAUUGUGCGGGUUCUGUGCCUGUGUUUGGUGUGUCUCAUAGUCAGGAUAGUCAGUUACCUAAUUCGAGGAGUGAACUAUCAGAGACAUCUCAACUUCAAGCAAUGGCAAUGGAGAGUCCGGAGCGCCAGAAGAUCAAAGCCAUUCUUCCUCCUGCAAAGGAAUGCACACACACCUUACACUAUUGUGAGGAGAACGUAUGGCUGCUGUGCCAACACGUGCAGGACAAGUACCCGCAGGAGCUGCCCUACUGCUACGCGGUGUUCAUCUCCAACCAGAACCAGACGGUGCCGCUGUGGAGGCAGCGCGCCGGACGCACAGAGGACCGCGUCGUCAUCUGGGACUACCACGUGAUCUUCAUGUACCAGCCGGACUCUCGGUGUCUGGUGUACGACAUGGACUCUGAACUGCCGUUCCCCACCUACUUCCACAAAUACGUCACGGAGACUUUCCGCACCGACCAGAUCCUACAUCCGGAACACCACAGGUUCUUCCGGGUGGUGCCGGCCACGGAGUUCCUCAGUACGUUCGCCUCGGACCGGUCACACAUGAAGCGAGAGGGCGGCGUCUGGGCGUCGCCGCCGCCUCCGUACCCGCCCAUCAGCACCCCCGGUGGGUCGACGAACAACCUGCAGACCUUCAUCUCGAUGGACGGCCGGGUCGGUGUCGGCGAGGUGCUCAACCUGUCCGGCUUCGUCGACAAGUUCUACCGAAACCUGGUCAACAUAUGAACGCGCGCGUCAUCUUUCGGCGGUGAGGUGAAGCUUAGCUUCUCUUCUGACCGCUAGGCGGCGCUGUGGUCGAUGCGGCGUCGCCCCAGGACGCUCGGGCAGCCUCCCUGGCGGCACCUCUCUGCAUACAUAUAUUCAUCGUUGAUAAGCGCCUUACGGUUGGCCUUAUUUUUGGUGCUAGGCUAGAGUGUUGGCGCUGGUCGGGCGCGGCGGCCGGACCGCCGCUGGACGGCGGACGGCGCCGGCCACUGAUCUACUCUCCUGUGUGUCGCGUGUACGGCUUCAGUUAUUCGGCGCACUUGGCGGUCUGCGGCGCGGCGCGGCGACGAGUCGGGUCGCCGACCGGCCCGGCCCGGCGUGCUGGGGACUCCGGUACCCUGGCGUCCCUGGCUGCUGGGAAUCUGGGCCCGGUCAGCGGCGGCACGCGCUGGCGUCCCUCACCCAGCGGCAUAGGUCUGGGCCGCUGGUCGCGUCCUCAGGAGGGCAGCACCCCUGAGGCGUCAGUCGGUAUCUGCUCGCUGCGGGUGGCCUCAGUUCGCUCGAGGUACUUAUUUGGCCAGUUUGUUUUGGAGUAAGUCUCGGCUCAAUGACGAUACAUCGAAGGAAGCUAGUCGGCAGCUGUGGCUGUGCCGGGAGUCGGACUGUCUGUCGCAAAACAGGCGGAGUCCGGCUCAGCAGCGGAACUAUCUGGCUAGUCGGGGAACACGGGGUUACGGCAGGUGCGCCAAAAUCAGGCACGGCAGGGAGCAAGGAGCAUUUUUAGUAGAUAUUAACAAUCAUAACUUUAUGGCGAUGCAUGAAAAUGUUCAUUGUCAAGCUUUUAUUUGCUCGUCGAGAAUUUACUUGGUUUAACAAUUCGAUGAUUCAACUUGAUGACAUUGUGCUCGCAGUGAACCAUUGCUGAUGUAAUGGCUAUAUGCCGACAGGGGGUGGCGUUCUGUGCAGAUAUGUGAGAGGAGAAAUGCCCCGAGCAUAGCAGACUUACUUCGGGUUUAUUGGGAGGUGUGCAAUACAUUGCACCGUGUGCUACUUGUGGGAACGGAGACCAAGCUAACGGCGAUCAUAACACGCGCUCGGUGCGGGGCGGCCCUCUGGUGCCCAGUCGGUGCGGUUGAUUAGAGUUAGUUGGUUUGGUGUUGGGCCAGUGGAGUCGGUCGCCUUCUUUGCUAGUCUGGUGGUACCCUCGUGGUGAGUGUUUGGUCUUUGCUCCCGAGUCCUGGUGCGUGCUUCGUCAUUGAUCCCGAGUAGCUUUUCUAAACUGCCUCAUCGGUGUUCACAUUCAGUUUGUGUUCGUUUGGUGUAUUUCGGUGUUUUAUUGUUCCCGUUUGUAUGUGCCGCGUAGUGGGUUCUAGGGUCAGCUUCGGGGCCGACUUUUCCGCUUUUCAACGAAUUGGCGUGUACAUACGGCGUGGUUACUCUUCUCCUUAGCUAUGCGAGGGUCUGUGGCAGGGAGCCAGCUCGGCUGAGCUCGGCCUCGGCCUGUCUCCCUCACCAGUCCGCAGUGCUAGCGCUAGUCCGUGCUUAUUUUGUUUCAAAGAACAGGGUUUCGAUGUUGCUAUGGCGGUCCCGCUGUGCCGUUCUAUCAAGGAGUGUGAAUCCGAGUGUUACCGAGUGCCGGAGGGUGUCAUUUCUGAGGCGGUGUGAUUUGUUACACGCGACAACGCGGUGCCGCAGAGCACUUUCUGGAUGUGCGUUUCAUUUCUAGUUCUCGAUACGAUGUGAAAUUAGUUAGCUAAGCUCAAUCGGUGGUAUGUUUUGGUGUGUAGAAAUUGCUACACUUUUACAUCCUUCACUUUAUCGUGGCGUAGGUAGCAAUCAUCAACAAUUCUAAAUAUGCAAUUGUGAUAAUUAAACUGUGCUGACAACGACUUGCCACAAAGUAUGUUCAGUCAAGGCUAUUGCUCCAUCUUACAUUUGGACCACUCACAAGUGUCCUGAAUUCGAUGUGGAUUGUAUACAUUUUGCAUCAUUGAUUGCCCUGACUUAGUUAGAGUUAGCCGUGGUUAUGUGGGGUGGCGCGCUGUGCUGACCGGGUCUGUAGUUCAUCAGAUGGAAGGGGUGUGAGAGUGAGCGGCGGAACCUACCGUAGAUCUCCCUAGUUCGGGUGAAAUGGAACAGCACAGUCACGCUCGAGUGGUAUGUGAUGACGAGGCUUUGGCUGCAUUUCACACGUAUGUUGUGUUUGCAGCGUAUAUUGCUGCAUACGCUGCAACUUUGAUUUCAUAGUACCUCCUAGCUGAUAUGGGUGCUUUCCUUUUCCUCUGUUUCUCAUAGACCAAUGCAAUCAUUACAAUGUUGAUCCAGUUGCAUCCAAUCAUGACCCUGUAACGCUUUUUGCCAAUCCAGCCACUCUAUGCUUGUCCUUGGGCUGUGUAAGUAACUAAUUUAAUUACUAAGCCCAUGAUAGGUAAAUAGACCAGGGAUUCAUUUUCUAUUAGGUUUUCUUCAAAAGUUAAGCUCUUUAUGCGCUGACUAUCCCGCCCGGUCAGUGGGCCAAUGGCCAUCUGACACUGCCUUGUAGCUACUGCUUCUACCGUAAACCUGCAUUCGGUAGUGAUACACGAAGAAUGGUAGCAGUCGGAACACAGCAAUCCGAUUGCUCAAAAUUGGCGUUGCUGAGUUGAUCACAAAUACUGCAAACUCCCCUUAGUCCUUCCUGCAAAUCUGAGCUUCAACAUUAAAUUAAAGUGAUUUUUAGCUACUGCCUUACAGCAGCAAACCAAAAGCUACCCCGGUAUGCGUCGGUUAGGACGCAGAGCCGCAGCACAAGCAGCCGGUUCAGCCCGCUCCACUCCAGUCCAGUUACCUCCUCUCCUGAUCCCACACCAUGGCGGAGACUAUCCGUACGCACACAUGACGUCUUUCCUAUGUUUGUGUAUGUACAAACGGCGUAUACUGGUGGUGCGAGAGUCGCGGACAUCAGCUCUAGUCCUGCGAAGAACAGACGAGACAGUGAUGAGAAGGACGUACGGACGGACGGAUAGACGGACGGGCGGACUUACAAACGGACAGACGGGCGGACUUACAAACGGACAGACGGGCGUACGUGCGAACGAGCAAACGUGCGAACGGACAGACGGGCGGACAUAUGAACGGACGGACGGGCAUGCGAGCAAAUGGUUGGAGAGGCGAACGGACAAACUGACUGGACAUUCGGUGGAGCAGCUUUACUGGUGUGGUGCUCUCUCUUUGCAUGUGGGCUAUCCGGCCUUCUCGCUCGCGUCCUUCGUGGUAUACGCUCGCGUCCUGCGUGGUAUACGCUCGCGUCCUGCGUAGUAUACGCUCGCGUCCUGCGUGGUAUAUCUGUGGGGCCGCUCUACCUUUCUACCGUCUACUCGGCCGCGGCCGUGACCGCGGCCGGUUUCACUUGGGAUCGACGUGCUUGGUUAGCUCUUACGAUAUUCUUGGAGUGGUGAUGAUGUGCAUUGUGCGAUGGUGCUACGACCCAUACAUUUCAAUAUAUCUACUGUAUAUGACA